UCUCUGCUCCUCUCUCCCCCCUCCGCCUUUUGUUUUCGCAGAUAGUCGGCACACAAAGCUAGUCCCAGAUUUGAGCGACGGCAAGGCACCCUGAUGAGUGAGCCUCGGGAGCGCAAUGGAUUUGACUAAGAUGGGCACGAUCCAGCUGCAGAACCCCUGCCACCCCACCGGGCUGCUGCACAAAGCCAACCAGAUGCGCCUGGCGGGGACGCUGUGCGACGUGGUCAUCAUGGUGGACAGCCAGGAGUUCCACGCGCACCGGACGGUGCUGGCCUGCACCAGCAAGAUGUUCGAGAUCCUCUUCCACCGCAACAGCCAGCAUUACACCCUGGACUUCCUCUCGCCAAAGACGUUCCAGCAGAUCCUGGAGUACGCGUACACCGCCACCCUGCAGGCCAAGGUCGAAGACUUGGACGACCUGCUCUACGCUGCCGAGAUCCUGGAAAUCGAGUACCUGGAGGAGCAGUGCCUGAAGAUCCUGGAGACCAUCCAGGCCUCCGAGGACAACGAUGCCGAAGUCGCCAUGGCCGAUGGAGGCGCCGCCACCGAGGAAGAGGAGGAGAGGAAGUCAAGGUACAUCAAGGGCCUCUUCAUCUCCAAGCCUGCCGGUGAGGAGAGUGGCUACACAGGUGCGGCCGGCCAGAGCCUGCCGGCGGCCGCGGCGGAGCAGAGCCCCUCCGCCUCCGCUUCCUUCGGCCCCCUCUCCGCCAUGAGUCCCACCAAGGCGGCAGUGGACAGCUUGAUGACCAUCGGGCAGUCGCUGCUGCAGGGCGCCCUGCCGCCCAGCGCCCCCGAGGAGACUCACGCCCCAGCCGCCCGCCGCCCCCCCGGCCUCGCCGAGGUCAAAACCGAAGCGAUGCAGGUGGACGACGCCUCCAGCCGCGACAGCCCCCGGACGGUCGAGCCUGGCGCCUCCGGCGGGGAGAAGCCCGACGAGAAGGGCAAGGAAUGGCCCGGCACCCCGACCCGCGGCAGCGUCAUCACCAGCGCUCGCGAACUGCACUAUGCCCGCGAAGAGGGUGCCGAGCCGCCGCCCGAGCCUGGCCAGGGGCUGCCGCUGGGGCCAGAGCCGUCCGCUGCUGCCCCCCAGGGCGAGAAGCCCCUGGGCAUCUACUCCCUGCUGCCGAACCACAAGACUGAGCCGGUGCUCGGCGUGCCACCCUCCGUGGCGUCCGCCCUGCACGUGCAGCCGGCCCUGGCCGUCUCCAUGGACUUCAGCGCCUACGGGGGGCUGCUGCCCCAGGGCUUCAUCCAGCGGGAGCUGUUCAGCAAGCUGGGGGAGCUGGCGGCCGGCAUGAAGACGGAGAGCAGAGCCCUGGGCGAGCAGUGCAGCGUGUGCGGGGCAGAGCUGCCGGACAACGAGACCCUCGAACAGCACAGGAAGCUGCACAGCGGGAUGAAGACUUACGGAUGCGAGCUGUGCGGGAAGCGGUUCCUGGACAGCUUGCGGCUGCGAAUGCACUUACUGGCUCACUCAGCGGGCGCCAAAGCCCUGGUCUGCGAUCAGUGCGGCGCCCAGUUCUCGAAGGAAGACGCCCUGGAGACGCACCGGCAGACGCACACCGGUACGGACAUGGCCGUUUUCUGCCUGCUGUGCGGCAAGCGGUUCCAGACGCAGAGCGCCCUGCAGCAGCACAUGGAGGUGCACGCCGGGGUGCGCAGCUACAUCUGCAGCGAGUGCAACCGCACCUUCCCCAGCCACACCGCGCUCAAGAGGCACCUCCGCUCCCACACAGGCGACCACCCCUACGAGUGCGAGUUCUGCGGCAGCUGCUUCCGGGAUGAGAGCACGCUGAAGGGCCACAAGCGCAUCCACACCGGCGAGAAGCCCUACGAGUGCAACGGCUGCGGCAAGAAGUUCAGCCUCAAGCACCAGCUGGAGACCCACUACCGGGUCCACACAGGCGAGAAGCCCUUCGAGUGCAAGCUGUGCCACCAGCGCUCCCGGGACUACUCGGCCAUGAUCAAACACCUUCGGACCCACAACGGCGCUUCCCCCUACCAGUGCACCAUUUGCCUGGAGUACUGCCCCAGCCUCUCCGCCAUGCAGAAGCACAUGAAGGGCCACAAGCCGGAGGAGAUCCCCACCGACUGGCGGAUAGAGAAGACCUAUCUCUACCUCUGCUACGUCUGAGGGAGGAGGCGCAGGGGCGGCGGGGCUGAGUGGCGGAGG